AGGAUCCCACCUGGCGAUGGUUGCUCAAUAUUCAAUCUCUAGGCUCCCAGCAACUUAUUGCAAUUUUAUUUCGUCCCUACACCUGCUGCUGUUGGUAUUCUCCAUUUAACUUCCUACCCACAAUUCGCAAAGACAGCACGCGACGGGAGGCGCAAUUCCGCGUCUCAAUAUGCACGUGAUUGACUCGGCCACCAUUCCGGAACUGCGACUCGAGUCGUUCCAAAGUUUACCGCAUCCUCUUCUCUUCCUCUCAGCUUCCUCUCUUUCUCGACAUCGUCCAGAGAAUGCCAACUGCAACGGCCACCAUAACCUCUGAAGCACUUUCCGACGAUACAACAUCCAUCCUGUCGUUGAAAGCAUCAAAGCCGGUCGUAGCAGAGAGUUCCACUGCUGCGACACUACGCUCGCUCUAUCCCCGAGCCGCCAAAGCGUUCCUCCAGCGAGAUUUCGCCUUGACGCACUCGUUGGUGACCUCCGCCUUCGCCCUCGUUGGGCCUCCCACAUUGGCUGUCGAGGACGACCUGGAAUUAUCUAGGCGGAAGUGGGACAUCCUCCGCAUAACUCUAGAGAUCACCGUUUAUACAUCCCCGUUCCCGUCAGAUGAUGCCAAUGCAUUUCCAGCUGUCUUUCGUGCCAACCAAACCAUGUCCCCCCCAUCUCUCUUGAACUCACUUUACACACGCUCUGUCCAGCUAUUCACACCCACAACACAGGCCGGGAACCCAGCGUAUCUACCGUACCAGAUUCUCUAUACUCUCGGGUCAGCAGGCGUCAAGCUUGGAUGCAGUGAGAUGAGUAGAGGUAUGAUCGAGGACUGGCUAGCGCGAAGGGACUCGGAUGACAGCGAGCAGGGGCACAAGGGUUAUGCAAAAGUAAUCGAACUCUACUGUGUGCAUGUCCUGCCGCGCGUGAACGAGUGGCGUUAUGCGGAAGACUUCCUGUCGUGCGAACCGGAGCUAGACAGCGAGACUCGUAACAAUAUGAUUGUAGCUGUCCGCGAAUCGCAACAGCGCACUUUGGAGACACGAAGCCUUGUGGAAGCGUCAUCACAAGCAUCCAGAAGUGCUGAGUCUUCUUCCUCGUCCGCAGCUUCGUCCCGGGCACUCUCACCGGCUCCGUCAACAUCAUCGGAGUCUAGUACUUCCACACAUACGGCCACUCCGAGGACACCGCAUCCCGAGCAGAAAAAGGGAAAGGGGAGAGGCAAGGUCGGGAACGGUACUCUCAAUGGCCUCACGUACCUCACACCUUCCGCGUCCUCUUCGUCAACGGAGUCUAUUGCCACUGCGAAGACUGUGAUCCCUGACACCAUCAAUAAAAGGCUUGUGAAUGGACGGCGAGACGCGUCAAGAGGCCGUGCGGAUACCUCAAAGCCAGCCAGCCAGUCCCACUCGAACGCUGUCAGUUCCAUGUCACAACCGUCGCGCUCAUCUCUCACCCCUCCUGCCAUUCGACCACCAACUACGUUAGCUGUCGUGCGGACCUACCUUCAAAGCGUGCUGGGAAAUACCUCCAGGACCAAGAUCGCUGCACUGUUUCUCGUUUUUGUCUUGUUCCCCUUGCUGUCAUUUUUCCUUCGUAUGCGGCGACGUCGGAUGAUCACUGGCGGCAGCGGAGCAGCGGACCAAGUACGGAGGAGACUGAGAAGGAUAGAAGGCGGCGCAACCGCUACAACCGGAUUUGUCACCAAUCUCUGGGGCGAAAUGGUCAGAGCUAUAGGAGAUACGAUCAGAAUGGGUGGUGGCGGUCUGGCGUAAAAACCAGCACAGUUGCUGGUAUAUCUACCCUCAUGUCAAUCGCCUCGCUUGCUUAUACCAAUAAAAUUAAUAGUACCCCUCCUAGUGCAACAAUUGUACGAACGACAACGUGAGGCUUUGGCCGGUUGACCUGAGGCCCUUCUGAGCUGUCAUGUCCGACGCACGGGCGGGCAGUCCACACAAUAAGCGAGAAAAAACAACGUGCACAGACAGCAGCGUGCUACAGAAUGGUAAUCGUCCAUAAGCAGAGGGACAACUAUGCAGAUCAUGCGGCACAAGCGUAUGCGGGCUGAGAAUGAUCCGGCUGGGCUGCAGGAGUGAGCAGAAGAUGUAGUGAGGAGGAGUUCGCGCUAUAGUAGUCGAGG